AUGGGAAACUUUUGUUGCGUUGGUGUUUUGCACAGUUUUUCCCCACAGGAACAACAUUUAGUGGACGAGACCAGACAGAGGGACAUGGCAAGUAGAGGCGGAGCCACGCGACCCAACGGACCUAAUGCGGGCAACAAGAUUUGCCAAUUCAAACUUGUCCUUUUAGGAGAGUCAGCAGUGGGAAAGUCUAGUCUUGUACUUCGUUUUGUCAAGGGUCAGUUUCAUGAAUUCCAAGAGAGCACAAUCGGAGACUGGGUGAUGGAGUGUGCGAACUUCAAAGGAUUCAGAAAUGAUUAG